AGGAGGCCCCAUCUCAGGACCACAGAGCUCCUCAGAGGAGAGAAUCUCUCCUGAGAGACUGACAGACACCUCAGCAGAAACUUAACAAGAAUCAUCAGAGAGGGCAGCACCAGUUACAACAUCAUGACAUCCCAACCUGUACCCCCUGGCAUGUUCAUGAUUGUAACCCCCAAUGGAAUUAGUAUCCCCCAGACAGGACAGCCGGGGCCAUCCUCUGAGUCGAACAAUAACCUGAAGAAAGGUCUUAAAGAAGAAUCCAAAGCUCUGGGGACCGUCCAGAUCUUGAAUGGUGCGAUGAUUUUGAGCUUAGGGAUUAUUUUGGCCAGCAUACCCUCCUCAACCUUCUUCCAGCCUUCCUAUUCCAAAGUUGUGCACUCCUGCUACCCAUUCAUAGGUGGGGUGUCGUUUAUCAUUUCUGGAUCCCUCUCUAUAGCAGCGGAAAAGAAAAAGAUAAAAUCCUUGAGCCAAGUCAGCCUGGCUGCAAACGUGAUCUGUGGCAUUGAGGCUACGGCUGGAUUCCUCUUGCUCGCCAUCGUCCUGCCUGAGAUGCAGAAGGGGGUAACUCAGUGUAUUGAGUUCGUCCAUAAUCAAGAUGACACCGAAAACCAGGAUGAUGAUUACAGGAACCAUUUCUCCUCUACUCCCAGUGUCUGGGCGUGCUACAUGGCGGGCCGUGCUCUCUUGGGGACUCUGUCCGUGUUGCUGAUUCUCACUGGGCUGGAGUUAAGUAUUACUCUGUUUGAGGCUAUCUUUGGCUGGAAGAGAAUGUCAUCGGAAUAUAAUGGGAGAGUCCUCUUUCUACCACAUGGUCGCCAUACCAAUUCUGGCUUAAAGUCAGUUCUGAGUGAACGUGGCUAUGAAGAACUGGGGGCCUCCAGUUAGAAGAUGAAGCCUCAAAUACUUCUAUGGGUUUCUCCAGGAGAAAGCCAAUGCCCAAGAGAAAUGGAUUAACGUUCUUGUAGACUUCACAUUCUGAUGGAGAGGCAGAAAAUGUUUGUUCCUUUUAAAGUAAAUUUCUCUCUUCCAUGUGGGUCACCAAUCUCCUAUAUUCUUCCUUGGCUUCAGCCUCAUGGAAGGUUUCCAAGAAAGAAUAUUUCUGUAGAGCACUUCCCCAAGUUGAAAAUUGUCCUCCCUUUCCCCCUCCUUAUCAUGUGAACUGUGGACAGCAAGAUAGAGUGAAUGCUGUUGCUACUUCUGAUAAAACAGAGUAAUAUGAUUGUCUUUUUCAGUAUAUAGGCUUCGGCUAAAAAGUUGAGGCCAGGGCUGGGAUGUUUCCCACAUUUACUUUGUCUAUCGAUAUGCAAAGGACAUGAGGCUUCAGAUUGAACCAAGGGAAUAGAGGCACAAUUUGCUUAUUAAUAAAUUCCUUUUUUUUACUACAA